CAUUGCAUCUGAACAAAGAACCUGAGGCACAUUCCUAGAGACAGCUCCUCAUCUGACACAUAACAGGCUUUCCAGUUGAGAAGAAAGCAUUGUUUCUGCUGCCAUGUUAGUCAUACAAGGAACAGAACAGACUGCAUUGGAAGCUGGUUAUGGGGCACAGCAGAAUGGACAACCUUUAUAUGUGAAUUCGCAUUCAUGGAAAAGAAUGACAGAGAAGUUCUUGAAGGGAGAACCCAAAAUCCUUGGGAUUGUGCAGAUUGUAAUCGCCAUCAUGAACCUCAGCAUAGGAAUUAUGAUGAUAAUUGCCACUGUGUCGACCGGUGAAAUACCCCCUUCUUCAGUGUACAUAGGAUACCCAAUUUGGGGGUCCCUAAUGUUUAUUAUUUCAGGGUCAUUUUCAAUUGCAGCAGGAAGAAGAACUACAAAAGGUUUGGUUCGAAGCAGCCUAGGCUUGAACAUUACCAGCUCCGUGUUUGCCUUCUCGGGGAUCGUAAUCAGCUCAGUGAGCCCAGGCAUUUAUUCUUUCCAUGUAUAUUACUGUACAUAUAGAGGUUCAUCAGAAGGCUGUCGCAUGACCUUGUCCAUUUUAAUGGGUCUGGAUAUUGUGGUAGUCGUUUUAAGUGUGCUGGAAUUCUGCAUAGGAAUAUCCCUCUCUGCCUUUGGAUGCAGGGUGAUGUGUUGUAACCCUGGUGGGGUCAUGAUAAUUAUGCCAUCAAAUCCUACCAAGGCAGAGACAGCAAAUCCUGUAACACUUCAAAGUGGAUUGAUGCCACCAGAACACCAAGAGAAUAUGCACUGAUUAUUUAUCAAGAAGCAUAUAUGGGAAAACACAAGAAUCCAACUCCGAUGUCUGUAUAUGCAUGUGUGUGUGUGUGUGUGUGUGUGUGUGUGUGUGUGUGAGUGUGAGUGUGUGGUUGAAAUGACAUUCUCAUGUUUCACCAGGAAGUUGGCAGAUUAUUCCACUGGCUCCCCCUAAAGAGUAUCAGAAUGUAAUAAAUAA